GCGGCAGCGGCCGAAUAAGUACUACCAGAGCUAAAUCAGCUCCAAACUUUUCACGUUACUUGUUACUUCAAUUCUUGUGGCCAAUUGAUUUAGUUAUGAGGUUCCAAAUCUUAUAACCUCAAUUGAAACCACCAGCUUAUUUAUAUCCUCUCAAUCUUGUCCCUCUUACUCCGCAACAUUUCAAUUACUCUACCAUCAUCUCAAAAUGUCGACCCCAAUGAGAGGCAUGCUCCGCACACUCCGCCCAACACCCACCACUCGUUCAUUUUGCCCCUCAGCCCAACGCACUUUCAUAACUCUACCCGGCACCGAACCGCAGAUUCUGACCGAAAAGCGAAUAUUACCCUACAAAUCCUCAUCCCUCUACAGCCUAAUCGCCGACGUCGACAGCUACUCCACCUUCGUCCCCUACUGCACCUCCUCCCGCAUAACAAAGUGGUCAGCGCCCGAUUCCAACGGUAAAAAAUGGCCUGCCGAAGCAAGUCUUACCGUAGGCUGGGCCGGCGUUGAAGAAAGAUUCACAUCCAAGCUCCUCUGCGUCCCGGGCACGAUUGUGGAAGCUCUCAGCGGCGACGCCGUCACAUCGAUUCCGGAAUCCAAAGUCGUACAUCACUCGGAAACCUAUCAUAGCCCCGCCGCUGCGAACGGGAUUUUCCAAAGCCUCAACACACGUUGGUCUCUCAAACCCUUCCACUACCAACCACCAAGCGGCCAGCCACAAAUAGAUAAAACCGAACAUGAACCGAGGGAUCAAACAGAGGUGCAUUUAAUCAUUGAGUUUCAAUUUGCGAAUCCAUUAUAUACUGCGUUGAGUAUAGCGGUUGCGCCCCAGGUAGCGCCAAAGAUGAUUGAGGCCUUUGAGUUGAGAGCUAGAAAGUUGUUGGAUGGGCCUGGCGCGGGUACUACUGAUAACAAGACAUCAUUAGGUCAUGCAGUCAGUGCGGCGAAGAAACUUGGUGCUUAAAAAGGGGUUACAUUCAUCUGGCGAAACCUAAAAACAUCAUCUCUGAUAAUAUAAGAAUUCUGAAAUAUAUCUACCGUGCACGAUUUUAUUCGUGAUAGAAUUCCCACAGAGGGUUAUAUUUUCCUGUAUACAAGUUAUUAUUGAGUGACUUUUUAAAUACAAUAU